UAAAGAUUAAAAAGUCCAUGGAUUCUGAUGAGUUACGUUAAUUUACAUUUACCUAUUUUGGAGCCUAUAAAAUAACAAUGUCAUGUUACUUCUCUUUCUUUCUCUCUCCCUCCCUCUCUCUCUCUCUCUCUCUCUUUCUCUUUAUUUACCUAUCCUCUUUUCUUUCCCCCUUUUUUUCUUACUCAUUUCUAUUCCAACAUAGAUACACAUAAUAUAUUACCAUUAAAAAAAAUUAUGUACUCUGCCCAACUUCCAAUAAAUUCGGUUGUAGACGUUACAGAUACUCCUAACGCAGUUACACAGAAAAAAGGAUUUGUUGAUUUCAAAAAUUUAAAACAUACGCAUUCUAGACUUAUUAAAAAACAAGAUUCAUUGUUAAAAAAAGCGUCGAUCCAUUAUUUACAUAUACUGGAAAAUAGAAAUCCUUCAUAUAAAAAGGGUUCAUUGUACAUACCAAAGAGGACAUUAACGAACCCAAGAGAACCAUCAAAGAACGACGGAUAUGACAAUAUCAACGAUGAUUACAUUUUACGUGUUGAAGAUACAAUAGGAGACAAUGACAAAUAUGAAAUUAUGGAUUUGAUGGGCCAAGGAACCUUUGGUCAAGUAGCAAAAUGUCGAGUAAGAAAAACCAACCAGCUUGUGGCAGUCAAGGUCAUAAAACGACAACCAGCAUUUUCGAUGCAAGGCGACAAAGAAAUUCAAAUUUUACUAAGGCUUAGAGAUCGACCAAACAAAAAGGACAAUUUUUUGCAAUUACAGGAUUGCUUUACACACAGAGGUCAUACAUGCGCAGUGUUUGAAUUACUAUCCAUUAGUUUACAUAAGCUUUUUAAUCAACAAAAGGGAAGGCCUAAUCUAACAAUUAGUGACAUACAAAAAAUAUCAAUCAACAUACUAGAAACACUAGCUUUACUAAAAGAAAUGGGGAUCAUUCAUACCGACUUGAAACCAGACAAUAUUUUGAUGAAAAGUCUUGACGAUAUUCACGAUGUCAAAUUAAUCGACUAUGGAUCUGCAUUAUUGGUAACAGAAAGUUUAAACUAUUAUGUCCAGACAGCAUUUUAUCGAUCUCCCGAGGUGAUUUUGCAUGUGCCUUUUAAUUGUGCAAUCGAUAUGUGGUCGUUCGGAUGUUUUGUGGCAGAGAUGUUUUUGGGUAUACCCCUCUUUCCAAGUGGCAAUGAAUACACCUUGAUGCAGAUGAUGGUAUCACUUUUAGGAUGCUUGCCUCCAGAUGAUAUGCUGAAAAAGGGCAAAAGAUCCAACAAGUUUUUUCAUCUUAAGGGUGAUACAGGGCCAAAAUUAAGAGAGUCAGUAAAGAGCUCACAUGAUAUUACUGUAAGUAAAUCCACCCUUGCUGACAUUAUACGGGGGUUCAAAUCAUUUGAUGGGGAUGAUGACGAUUCUGUAAUCAAUAACGAUGAAGACAUGCUAGAUCGAGAACGACUUUUAGAUUUUUUGAGUAAAAUUCUAGUAUUUGAUCCUAAUAUUAGACUAGACCCCAUGGAGGCCCUACAACACUCUUUUAUUACCUCUGUAGCAUCCCCAGUUAUCAGCGAACCUUCUGCUGUGCAACUAAAUAAUGAGCUAUCGCCAGCUCCGGUUCAUCUGUCUUCACCUAAUGCAAUCGCAAAUAAUUCUUCUUCUAUAAAUACAUCAAGAACAACGGAGGAAAGUCCAGCUAUCCGAACCCCUCCUAAUCCACAUCGUUACAUUAACCUUAGAAAAAGUAAAGAAGGCAUACUAUUAUCACCGAGUAAGUCACCCUACAAAUCACCAGAUGUCACUGCUAUACCAUAUCUCGAAAAUAAAGCACUGUCACCUCCUCCUAAAAAGGUUUUAAAAUCUAUACUUAAAAAAAGUCUAUCGCUGAUUACCAACAAUUUAUUCAGCCACAACAACAACCUGCUCAACAAGACAAUACGCUAGAUGCUAGAGUUAAUUUUUUGUACAAUGAACCCCGACCUCAAUCAGCCGUGCUGAUACCUAACGCAGUAGCCCCUCCAUAUGACCAACAACAACAACAACAACAACAACAAC